AUGGACACAGUCCAGGACUUCGUUGCCGAACAACUUGCACAAACCCCUUAUGCAUGCUCGUCACUUACGCGUUUGUCUGGCGGAACCGCGAAUUUCAUAUACCGCGGCACACUCAACACCACUCAGGAGUCUAUCAUAAUCAAGCAUAGCAAGGACUACGUAGCUUCGAAUCCGAAUUUCAAGCUUGACACUGAAAGAUCUUAUUUCGAAGAGUCUAUUCUGCAGGCACUCGACAAUGAGCCGUACUCGCAGAACAAUAUCACUGUUCAGUCUCCUCGUGUCUUGCACUUCAUCCAUGAAACAAAUAUUCAAAUCCAUGAAGAUCUUCGCGACUCAGAUAGCUUGAAAGUUUUUCUACUGGAAAGGGUUUCUAAAGAUGUAUCGGAAUCAUAUUCACGAGCUCUAGGGCAUUCCCUCGGAUCGUGGUUACGGUCAUUCCACGCUUGGGGUGUCAAGACUCAACAGAAAGAGAUUAGAGAAAUCGUUGCCAAAAACACAGCGAUGAAGCAAUUGAAAUUCUACAUCAACUACCCUAUGCUACUGGAGACUGUCGACAAUUUCUCUGAGAUUCUUGGUGAGAAUCGUACCGUGUUUGAACAGGUGCGAGAUCUUGCUGCCACAGAAUUGAAAAAUGAUGCCCUCGACGAUACACACGGGCUUAUCCAUGGGGACUUCUGGACUGGAAACGUCCUCGUUUCAAAGAAUCCCCUUCUCGAACAGUCCCAAACUCAAAUAUUUGCUAUAGAUUGGGAGCUUGUCCAGAUUGGACACAAAUCAUUGGACCUAGGACAGAUGAUUGCGGAGCUAUACGAAACAAAGCUCUUCAAGGGCGUUGAGCAUGGACUGUGGAUUAUUGAAGGAUUCCUAGAGGGCUAUGGACCUUUGAACGAUGAAAUGGCAUUUCGGACGGCGAUACACGUUGGCGUUCAUUUGGUCUGCUGGGGGAGUCGAGUUGCAGGAUGGGGCAACCAGAAUCAAGUUGAGGAUGUUGUGAAAGUGGGCAGAGACUUGAUUCUGCAGGCGUGGGCGAAGAACAAGUCAUGGUUUGAACAGGAUCCUAUGGGGUGUCUUUUUAAGAGAUGA